AAUUCCGAUCACCUCACUUGAGCUCAAGAAAGGUAAGGACUGGGUGACCCCCAAGCACACCCUGGAUGGCUACUGGGAGGUCAUGAACCAAGGGGAGUGGCCAGCCGGACCAAUCAACGUCCGGAUGACGGCAGCCAAUGGCGAAGUUCUGAAUGACGUCAUCCCCAAAAUAGAAACCGACAGCACUGUCAUCAUGGACGGUUUCAACAAAGUCCAAGUGUCUUUUGACAACAGCCUCCCACAUUUCCCAUAGACAAUGUCCCCGAGAACCCUAAAAAUCUUGGCAGGGCUAUGCGAUAUAUAUAUCGGUUCGUUCUGGGAGAGAGUUGUAAGCUAGGCCUAUAUGCUGGGGUUUUGUUUGGUUUGGUUGUUUGGUGGUUUUGUUUUAUUUUAUUUAUUUU